GCCCGGCUGCUGCGUGCCGUUGUGCAGUAAUCACUCGAGGAAUGGUUGGCGAAUGUUUCAGUUCCCAAGAGAUACAAAAAGAAGAAUUUUGUGGACUGCAAGGAUCAAGCGGGACAAAUGGCAGCCCACGAACACCUCGUGCAUAUGCAGUGCUCAUUUCGAAGAGGACAGCUUCGAGCAAAACAGAGCAGACGGAUGGAAAAAACUAAAGCCAAAUGCGGUGCCGACAGUGUUUUCCUUCAGACCUUUGCCUCGUCACAGAAAGGCACCAAAGGAUAGGACCGGACCCGCUGUCCUCUCGGCCCUACUUGAAGAUCAACACGACAUAGCCACUGAUGAUCAUGAAGCUGCGAUGGACCCAAUGUCGUCACCAGGCAGGUUUGAGCUGACUCAAGGACAGAAUUGCAGCCCACACGACGCCAGCUCAAGUGCACUGGUAACAGACGAAGCAGGUCUGCAAGUCUCAGCCAGUGGAAUGAAUGCCGGGGCCUCUGACCUGCAGUCUGCUUGUACCUCUUGCGCAGAAUUAAGUAAGCAGCUCGCAGACCUGACACGAAAAUACUGCGAACUUCAAGAAUUGCAUACCCAGGCAAACUCAACAAUCCAAGGUCUCCGAAAAAAAGUUAAGAAGCUCGAAGCGUCGCCUACAGGCACUCAGUUUUCUGCCCGGUAUCCUGACUGACGUGAU